UAUUAGUAAUGCUUCCUUUAGUAAUGUUUCAUUUUGCUUGAAACAAAACAAAGAUGGUCAAGAGCAGCUGUUGAUCGCCUGCUUCCCAUACGAUCACCAUCCUGUUAAAGAUGUGGAGCGUUCAAGACCUGUUGUUCAUCCUCUGCAUUGUUCUCAGUUAUGUGACCAGAGCAGCAGGAGUGAUCCAUGUGUUUGGAUAUGUGGGCAGAGAUGUUGACGUUUCCUGCUCCUAUGGUCAGGGUUAUGAGUCUUAUGAGAAGUACCUGUGCAAGAACGACUGUGGCGACAGUGAUGUUCUUAUUACGACAUCACAAACAAACAAGAACAAAUACUCCAUCUAUGAUGACAAAGAGAAACGAAGCUUCACAGUGACCAUCUCUGAUCUUCAGUCUGUGGAUGCUGGGAAAUACUGGUGCGGGGUGACGAGGACUGGAAAAGAUAUCUACACUGAAGUAAAACUGGAACUAGGACAAGACACUUGCUGUGACAAAGUGGAUAAAAGGGAGAGUUAUGAGGAAGAUUCAGUGUCCAUCAUUUGUCGGUAUGAGUUGGAGUACCAGAACAACCUGAAGUUCAUCUGCAGAGGAAACCAGCCCUCCACAUGUCUGCAGCAGGCAGUCAUCACCUCUGACAGCAAACAAAAUGGACGCUUCACACUCACUGAGGACAAGGAGUCAAGAAGAUUCACAGUGAACAUUAACAAGCUGACCCAAGAGGAUUCUGGGUGGUAUCUUUGUGGUGUCCAUAGAAACACUGGACUGGAUGUUUUCUCUGCUGUUGAGCUGGAGGUCAAAGUGUGGUGUUGUGUGAAGACACUUGCUAUGAGUGGUACUGUGACACGUCCAAUCACUCUGCAGUGUCCUUAUCCACCACAUCACCAGAAUAACAGGAAGUUCCUCUGUAAGGGAGACCACCGCAACAACUGCACAGACAUGUUGUCCAAUGGAAGCAGGUUCACGCUGCAAGAUGAUGUUUCUCUCAGCUCCUUCUCUGUGAUGAUCACAAACCUGGAAGCAGGUGAUGCUGGGAUGUACUGGUGUGGUUCAGACUCACAGUGGAGAGCUGGAAACUACACCAGGAUUCAUCUGUCAGUGGUCUUUCUGGGAAUCACAACUCUAAACCCAACCUUCGCUGUGGAAACCACAGUCAGUCCCACAAACGAAACUAAUACAACAAACUCUGCUAGUAAAGUACUUGAAGGCGGAGCUCUCUAUGUGGUUGCCAUUGUACCUGCUGUGCUGCUCAUACUAAUAGUGGCUCUGAUCAUAGUUUAUAAGCAGAAAUGUCACAAAGUAAAAGAAACUGGAGUGGGCAUCACCAGACACUGUGAGGCAGCAGGAGAACCCAAAGGUUCAGAAGAGAUUUAUGCCAAUGAAGAAACUGUCGGGUUCUCAAAGCAGACGACCUCUAAACUGCAGGGCGCCUGUAAUGACUACGGCAACGCAGAUGACGACCAACCAGACUACGAAAACUUCACAGCAACAGAAGAAAUCUACUGUAAUGAAAAUUUCCAUGUGUCUAGUCACAAGUGAAUAUUGAGAUGUAGUUAUUAUGUAUAAUAAGUGUUGGGCAUGGUUUGUCAUUUUAAAAAUUCUGAUUCUCAGUUUCGAUUCCCGUACUAAACGAUUCUCGAUUUCGAUUCUUUGACGUGUAGGUCAACAGGUCACAAAUAUUUCACAAGAGAAUUUUUUCAUUUCAUUCAUCCUUUACACAGGCCAUUUUUAUUUAUUCAAAUUGCCAGUUAACUUGAUACAGUUUAAUUUGGUUGCUGUACUGUAAAUAUGGUAUUCAAUUAUAAGGGAGGGUCCCUAGCUGUAACUGUAAAACAGACACUUGUUGAAAUAACACUACAAGUUGGCAGCAGUCUAAAAAACAAAGAGCUGGGUCAAACGACCUGAGUCGACAACUCAACAAUCGUCCCUGGAUUUUAUUGUAUUUUUAUUGUUUUUUCGAUCUGAGACUGAUAUAUCUGCCUGUUACAUUCUGACUCAACAGCCUGACAGACUGUAUCAUUGUAGAAGCUUCGGCUCAAAAACAAGUUUUGGUCU